AAAAAUGAGAAUUUUGCGAGUUGGAGCUCCAGGUCACCGGCGGAGAGGAGGAGGAGGAGAUCGCACUUCGCAGAAGACAUGGACGUUCGACAUGACCAGAGAAGAAGCUACGUAGGAAAGAGGCAAGCAAGAUGAAACCUUUGCGCAAGAUAAGAGAAGAGGUGACGGUGACGGUGGCGGGGGAGGAAAGGGGAAGCCGAUUUUGGUCGGCGUUAGGAGUGGGACCGACACACAGAGCCGAGAAUUCCUCACUUGGGCGCUCGUCAAGGAUGCCGCAAUCGGCGACCAUGUCGGUGCCCUCUUUUCCUGCUCGUCAAGGAACUGAUCGCUACGCUCGCCGUCGAUGAAAAACAGAUCGACCUAAAGUUGAAAAUUUGUGGGGCUGGUAAGCGAGGCGAAAUCUUCCUCUGCGUCAAUGAGGACUUGUAAAGGGGUAUAAGCGGGACAGCAGUGUCGCCGUUACCUUCUUCUCCUCUUCUUUAAAAUCGCAACGUUCCCUUCGAAGCUAAACACUGCGGAAUCGAUCCUCCCCAGAGAGGGCAAAGCAGAAAACUCCCUUUUUUUUUCAUCGUAAUGACGGAGGAGGAGAGGAAGCCCCUGAGCCUCAACGAGCGCAAUGCGCGUCUUCUCGAUUCGCUCUCCCGCUCUCGCAACCCUAAACCUCGUUCAGAGGUUAGGGUUCGCAAGGUCAAGAUAGAGGGCCGCCGUCGUCUCUGCAAGCUCUCCUCCGCGGACGCGGAGAGCGACGAUGAGAAACGGCUGGGAUCGCCUCCAGAGGAGGAGGGCGAAUGUGGCGGCGGCGAGAGCAUUCGCGACAUCCUCGACGAUCUCACCGCACGGAUGGAUGAUCUCAGUGUCGAGAAGCCACCUCCGAAGUCGAGGGCGGUUCCGGCGCGCCCGGAGAUGAAUUUGGAGUACGAGAGCGCCGCUUCCUCGUUGUCUUCUCCCACGGUUCAUUCCAGUCCUGACGACAAGAGGGUGGAGAUUAAGAAGGAAGGAGAGAUAAAAGAGAAAACGGUGAGUGUGUUCUCUGUCGACGAUGAUGUGGUGGGAGACGAGGAAGAGGAGGAUUGUGUAGUGUUAGGAAGUGACAAGUACGAAAAAUCAAAGGGCAUAGAGAUCCAUAUGGAAUCGGAUGAUGGCUGGGCUACUGAGGAAGCGACGAAUAUCAGCAGUCAGGAGGAAGAUGAAAGUAGGGAUGACUUCACCAUGCUUGGCAAUGGCAGCAGUAAAUCCAGGAAAUUCGUGCUUCCAUACAUGAUUUUCAAGAUGUUAUACCCACAUCAGCGGGAUGGUUUGAAAUGGUUGUGGGCACUUCAUUGUGGUGACACAGGAGGCAUUCUAGGGGAUGAUAUGGGGCUCGGGAAGACUAUGCAGGUUUCUGCUUUCUUGGCUGGUCUAUUUCAAUCUCGCUUGAUUAAGAGGGUGUUGGUUGUUGCUCCAAAGACACUUCUUGGUCACUGGAUGAAGGAAUUAGAUGUUGUCGGUCUUAGUGAGAAAAUUAAAGACUAUUCUGGACCUAAUGCAAAGCUUCGCCAGUAUGAACUUGAACAUGUGCUUAAGGAAGGUGGUGUUCUUCUGACAACAUAUGACAUUGUUCGAAAUAACUCAAAAGCUUUAAGAGCCGAUUGGUUUGCUGAUGGGGAGGGAUGUGAGGAAGACAAUUUAUGGGAUUACACUGUGCUUGAUGAGGGACAUAUCAUAAAGAAUCCUAAGACACAAAGAUCAAAAAGCAUUUCUGAUAUACCAUGUGCUCAUCGUAUUAUAAUAAGUGGCACCCCAAUUCAAAACAAUCUAAAGGAAUUGUGGGCUUUAUUCAACUUUUGCUGCCCAGAUCUAUUGGGUGACAAGGAUAUGUUCAAGCUAAAAUAUGAGAAUCCUAUCCUCCGUGGAAAUGAUAAAUAUGCCUCUGACAGGGACAAAUAUAUAGGCUCAACUGUUGCUAAGGAACUAAGAGAACGAAUAAAGCCAUACUUCUUGCGUCGUUUGAAAAGUGAAGUAUUUGUUGAAGAUGAUGAGACUAAAAAUCCUAAACUCUCGAAAAAGUGUGAGAUGAUUGUCUGGUUAAAAUUAACUACUUGCCAGAGACAACUUUAUGAAGCUUUUUUGAAGAGUGAGCUAGUUCAUGCUUCAAUGGAGGGAUCACCCUUGGCUGCUUUGACAAUUCUGAAGAAGAUUUGUGAUCAUCCAUUAAUUUUGACAAAGAGAGCUGCAGAAGGUGUACUUGAAGGGAUGGAUUCAAUGUUGAACCGUGAAGAACUGGGCAUGGUUGAAACUAUGGCAAUGAACUUGGCAAAUAUGACUGGUCAAGAUAGCUUGCUACAACUGGAUCAUAACAUCUCAUGCAAGAUAGCUUUCAUAAUGUCUUUACUGGAAAAUUUGAUUGAAGAGGGACAUAUAGUACUCAUCUUUUCUCAAACCCGUAAAAUGCUGAAUAUAAUUCAGGAAGCUAUUACCCGUGAGGGCUACGAGUUCUUAAGAAUUGAUGGCACAACAAAAAUUACUGAGAGGGAGAAAUUAGUCAAGGAAUUUCAAGAAGGUUACGGAGCUCCAAUAUUUUUACUAACUUCGCAAGUUGGAGGCCUUGGUCUUACACUAACAAAAGCAGAUCGUGUCAUUGUAGUUGAUCCAGCAUGGAAUCCAAGUACAGAUAAUCAAAGUGUGGACCGUGCAUAUAGAAUAGGUCAAAAAAAUGACGUCCUUGUCUAUAGAUUGAUGACUUGUGGGACAAUUGAAGAGAAGAUAUACAAAAUGCAGGUCUUCAAGGGUGGCUUAUUUAAAACUGCUACAGAGCACAAAGAACAGACUCGUUAUUUCAGCCAAAAGGAUAUAAGCGAGCUUUUCAGUCUCCCAGAACAAGGAUUUGAUGUUUCACUUACUCAGCAACAACUACAAGAGGAGCAUGGACGACAACAAAACAUGGAGGAGUAUUUGGUAAAGCAUAUCGACUUUCUACACACACUAGGUAUUGCUGGUGUUAGCCAUCAUAGUUUGUUAUUCUCUAAGACUGCUGUUGUGCCUCUUGUUCCUGGUACCAAUGAAGCAGAAAGUAAAAUGAAGAAUAGGAUCAUAAGAAACUCACAAUUUGGCUCUUCAAAUGGGGCUGAGUAUGCCUUCAACCCCAAAGAUGACAAAUUCAUUUCUCGUACAUAUGCUCCAAAAUUCCAAGCAAGUACUUCAGAAGACAGCCCGGAAGUGAUACAGUUGAAGAUCCAACGCCUCUCGCAAACCCUAGGAAAUAAAGCACUGGUGGCAAGACUACCAGACAGCGGAGAAAAGAUACAGAAACAGAUUUCUCAACUCCAGUCACAGCUUCAUGAUCUUUCAUCAUCAGUAUCAUCCGAGAGGGAGGAACCAGAAGUUGUUAGCAUAGAUGAUCUCACGGAUGAUUUGAAAAGAGUUUCUGUAUGAAUGCAAGCAUACAGAUGCGCAGAUUGGGUGAAGUGAUAUGAUUUGCUCAUCACUUAUCUCAAAGAGGAUAUGAAAAGAGUUUAUGCUGUAACGCAAGCAUUGAGAUUUUUUGGGUGGAGACUGUGAAGUGAUGUGCUCAUCACUUUGGUGCUCUGGCUUUGUUAGGUUAUUUUGGAAGGCGAAUGAUAUAACUUGUGGACUGUUUGCUUUCAAGCGUAUGGCUCUUAAACGGGCAGGAAGUGAGAUGCGUAUUAUUGAUUUAGAUAUUUUUGCCUUCAAUUAAGCGAUAUUGUGGUUCCAUGCAUAA